UUUUUCUUUAUUUUUUUUUCUUGUCUGCUGAGGAGGUUGGUAGCAGAAGUAACAAUCAGGUACUUUGAGCAGAAAGGAGUUACCUAGGAGGCUAGGACUGGCUAUAUAUCUGUAGGUAACACGAGAUGGAAAUGAGUGACCAUGAGUGGCAGAUAGCUUUUAGAGAUGAGGAAAUCCAGCGUCUCAGGACCCAGCUAACCAUACAAGACCAGGAAAUUCAGAGGCUUAAGAAGAUCAUUGACUCUGCUGGUUUAGGGGAUGUGUUUCCAAAUCUUGAAAGCGGUUAUAUAUCUGAAAUGAGAAAGUCGCUUUCUCCAGCUUCCACUGAAAGUAAGUUUGGAGCCGAUCCGGUUGAAGCACCUCUAUCUCAAGAUGACACCCUUGGUUCUGCACAGAGAGGAGUUGGAAAAAAGUUUGGAGAAGAGGAUCUUGUUGGAGCAAGGGCAACACAAAGGGCAAGACGAGGAUUACGGAAAAAGUUGGGAGAAGAGGAUCUUGUUGGAGCAAGGGCAACACAAAGGGCAAGACGAGGAUUACGGAAAAAGUUGGGGGAAGAGGAUCUUGUUGGAGCAAGGGCAACACAAAGGGCAAGACGAGGAUUACGGAAAAAGUUGGGAGAAGAGGAUCUUGUUGGAGCAAGGGCAACACAAAGGGCAAGACGAGGAUUACGGAAAAAGUUGGGAGAAGAGGAUCUUGUUGGAGCAAGGGCAACACAAAGGGCAACGAAAAAGCUGGGAGAAGAGGAUCUUGUUGGAGCAAGAGCAACACAAAGGGCAAAGCGUGGAUUACGGAAAAAGUUGGGAGAAGAGGAUCUUGUUGGAGCAAGGUCGACAGUAGAUGAACGAGGAUUUCCGAAAAAGUUCGGAGAAGAGGAUCUUGUUGGAGCAAGGGCAACACGAGGAUUUCGGAAAAAGUUUGGAGAUGAGGAUCUUGCUGGAGCAAGGGCAACAGGAGGAGAGCGAGGAUUUCUGAAAAAAGUUUGGAGAUGAGGAUCUUACUUGUUGGAGCAAGGGCAAGAGUACGUGAUAGAGGAUUUGGGAAAUACUCAGGAUACGAGGAUCUUGUUGGAGCGAACGAAAUUGUAGAUGAGAUGUCAAAAACAUAUAAAUUAACAAUAUUUUCAUGAUAAAUAAUAGACUUUUCUGAUGCUGUGUUUCAUUUCCCAGAUGAGAGUCUAGGGCACAUACCAUGUUACUAGCUUCAGAUUAUAUUACCCCGUGCGGCAAUGCACCAAGGCACAUGCCAUUAUAUUUUCUUAUUUCCAACACUUAUCGUUUCCAAUUGCUGUUGAUUUUUUUUUCUAUGCCAAAGUUUCUCGUUAAUGGCAUUGCAAACCCGACAAACAUUAUAGUUGAUGUGCCAAAAUUGCAAGCUGGUUAUUGAAGGAGCAACCAAUUAGCCAUAAAACCCAGUUGAUGGCGGACACACACAUCAAAGCAGCCUCUGGUAAUCACUA